UUCUGUCAGUUUCCCAGUGGAGCUGAAAAGUGCGUGUUUCAUGUUUUGUGAACGCAAAACAGAUUUUAAUUCGUAAAAAAUCGCUGAAAUUUAGGAUUUUUCCUAGAUUUAACGAUAAUUUCGAAUAUGCUUCGUAGCAUAGUAAGCAACGCGCUUCUGCGCUGCAGAACGACAUGCCAUCUCCCGGCGGCGGCUAUGUCCCAGUACGGACCGCAGUUCGUGGAACCGGUCUUCAAGAAGGAAACCCUCACGGCCAUGGAGGAAAGUGGUGAGAUUUCCAAAAUAGCCCACGUUCCCAUCAAGGCCGCCCGGAACAACGAUUCCUGCUCGGUGUUCCACGACGAUUUGGUUAGCAAGUUUACAAAUUAUGUAAUGAAGAAGGGCGAGAAGGUGCUCGCGAGGGAGCUGGUGGAGAAGGGGUUUGAAAACAUCAAGCGACAUCAGUUGGAGCGGUAUCAUCUGGCGGAAAGUGAAGAGGAGAAGGCAAAGAUUGAGCUGAACCCUCGGGUGCUGCUGAGGACGGCGGUGGAAAAUUGUCGGCCACUGUUGCAGUUGACCCCUAUCAAGCGAGGUGGAGUACGCUACCAGGUGCCGGUACCGAUUACGGAGCAAAGGUCUUAUUUCCUGGCCAUGAAGUGGCUGUUGGAAGCGAUUCGCGAGAAGGAGCGCACCGUGCAUUUUCCGGAAAAGAUGGCCUGGGAGGUGCUGGACGCUGCGGCCAAUCACGGUAAGGUGAUUAAGCGGAAGCAGGAGCUGCAUCGUCAAUGUGAGGCGAAUAGGGCUUAUGCUCAUUAUAGAUGGAGCUAAGAAGUGGGUGAGGAAUUAACGGCGAAGGUUUUGAUGAUACAGAGUGAAUAGAAGAGAUUGGUAUGAUA